GCGAGUCAAUGGAGGUAGGCGGAGCUCUCGCGCGGCGGCGGCGUGGAAGUUAGGACGACGGAAUCACGGCAACGAAAAGUUGUUAUUAGGGGGGGGGGUGGAAAGUAAACAUUUAGAGUAAAAAGUAGGUCUUUUUUUAUAUAAAAAUGUAGCUUUUUCUUUGUUUUUCUCCUUGAACUUUCAGCUCCGGAACAGAAUGACAACAGAGUAGUGUGGACUCUCACACGCUGAAAUCCUGCAACAAAAAUGAGGAUUCAAGGACAGCCCGAGGGCACGCGGAGGCGCCUUGAUUUCGGGGAGCUCAGGAGUGUGGAGAUCAUCCGAGGUCGCGCGGGAUAUGGCUUUACCAUUGCGGGACAGAGGCCGUGUCUGCUGAGUGGAAUCAUGGAGGGGAGUCCCGCUUACCUGGUGGGGCUCAGACAGGGAGAUCAGAUCAUGUCCAUCAAUGGGGCGGAUGUGUCGGCGGUGUCGCACGAGGCUGUGGUGCAGGUCAUCGGCAGCUGCAAAGGACCCCUACGAUUGGUGGUGUACACGGAAGGCCGAGUAAUGGGAAAUCCCAUCCUUAAUGAUGCCAAGUUUGGAUUCGCUCACAAAGGUAAUGUUUUCCAGAAGCCCAGUGUUUUGCGCAGCGUAUCGGAUGAUCCCAGCCACCCCUCCUUUAACUCUAGCCAAGCGGCUGCUCCUAAGCAAAGGCCGGUUUCAGAGCCCGACAUGUCGCAGUGGAGUGUUUCAGCCCAUGGCUCAAAGAGGGAGGAAGCCUGGGUGAAGGAUACCGAUUCUGUGUUCACAGACACCGAAGAAGCUAGCCGAGACUGGGCCAAUAUAAAUAUGACCUUGGUGGUGGGGUACCUGAGCUCCACUGAGCUGAUUUUGAACCCCAGAGAAUCCGACGACAACUGUGUGAAAGCCAUUCGAGAGAGAAUCCGACAGCUGGGCAUGGAGCAGGACACCCACACUCUGGUGAUGAUGAAGAUUAUGUUUGACUGCGUUCGACUGUGUGACGACUCGGGAGCUGUCUUGGCUGCCUUUCCUGCAGAGAACCUGGUAUUGGGAGCUGUUUGCGCCGAAGACCCCCGAUUCUUUUGUUUGGUUACCACUGCACACAUCAUCAAUGGCCGUGUCCCUGACGAUGGCCCUCUGAGGGCCUCCUGCCAUGUUUUUUUUAUUGACCCCGACCUGGGAAACCACGACGACCACUUGGGGAUUGCUGGUCGUUUUGGCUUUGACUGCACUCCAGAUCCAGAAGCUAUGGGCUGUCUGGAGUUCCCUCAAACCCCCGCAGACGUCCUCCACUUCGUAACGGUUCUCUACAGUGACAUGGGGGAAGCCGUGGAAAGGCUUCGGGUCAAGCUGGACGCAGAGGUUCAACACCAAGCCAAGGAGAGUGACGAAAGCAAGCAAGGCAGCACCAGUAGCAACGGGGACAGUGGGAUCGGAAAUGCCUCUCCCCCCGAGAAGAGAGGAGACAGGGAUUUCCCUUCCGAAAUCCAAAACCACCCAGAGGCCCACCUCCCCAGCUGUCCUUGGGAUUAUCCUCCGGCUAUAGACCUCACCCAAAUAAACCUCUCCAAAGAUGGCCAAGGUCUUAAUCCGGAGGACAGCUCUGGCACACAUUCCCUUUCCGAAUCACUACCAGGCCCGGAUUCCCUAACUAGCUUUUAUGGAGGGCCUCCCCCCAGGCUGGAGUUCCAGUUUAAGCCCCCACCCUCACCCCUACCUUUGUGUAAGAAAAGCUUCUUCUCAGGAGAUCCCCUCAGAUGUAGCCAAAGGUGGUUCUCAAAACCUAAGUGGCCUAAAGUACCUCAAGAAACAGCCAACAAAACAUGCAGCUUGCCCCCUCAAACCCUAAUACCCCCAUCGAACCUGGAGUCAACAGAUCUCAUGAUGCUGCCCCCCAGAGAGGAGUGGACCAAAAGGUUUUUGGAACAGAGACAGAAACAGCGGACAGAUGGCAGCAAUAAAAUUACGUCCAGGUUUUGGGGGAUGGGAGGGAUCCGUGCCUCCAAACGGCGUUCGGCCAAACGUCUCAGCCUGGCUCGAUCCCUGGAUGACCUUGAGUCUGCGGCUUCUUCAGAUGGUGACUACAGUGGGAUCCAGUUGCAGGGGUGCUGCAGCCAGACCAGCUUGAACAGCAAUGGCAGUCUCCCCGGAGCAGGCGGUCAGGGGAGUUCGGAGCAUCGCGUUGAAAGCUGGUCCUCCUGCUUCGAGCGGCUUCUCCAAGACCCCGUGGGAGUGCGCUACUUUUCAGAAUUUCUCAAGAAAGAAUUCAGCGAGGAGAAUAUCUUGUUCUGGCAGGCCUGUGAAUACUUCAGUCAUGUCCCUGCAACAGAUAAAAAGCAGCUGUCCCAAAGAGCGGGAGAAAUCUACAACAGCUUCCUGUCCAGCAAGGCCACCAUGCCGGUCAACAUCGACAGCCAGGCCCAGCUGGCUGAUGACGUCCUCACCUCCCCCCAACCCGACAUGUUCAAGACCCAGCAGCUACAGAUCUUCAACCUUAUGAAGUUCGACAGCUACUCCCGGUUCCUCAAGUCCUCUCUGUACCUGGAGUGUUUGCAAGCUGAGGCGGACGGUCAGCCACUUCCAGAUCCGUACCAAAUUCCCUGCAGCCCUGCGCCGUCCAAACACAGCGCAAGCUCUGACCGCUCAACGGUCUCUACCCCAAAAAAGGAAGCCAGAAAGCAGAAGUCAGGGAAGUCGCUGAAUGAAGAUAGCAGGGACGAGAACGCAGAAAAGAAGCGUGGCAUGUUCUUCCCGUGGGGCCGCAACAGGAGCUUUGGGAAGGGGCCAAAGAAGAAGGACAUUGGUGACAUCAGUCUUGACUUCCCAGGCACCAACGGACGGAGAGAGUCCCAAGGCUCCUUGUCUUCCAGCGCCAGUCUGGAGAUUCCAACCUCUGGCUCUAAGAUUGAGUCGGAUAAUCGCCACUCAGUGGGAGCGUGGGAGCGCUCACCCAAACACUGCGGCGUGCUGCUGCCUUCCGGCUCCUGCUCUUCCCUCACCCUCCGCCCCGGCGCCUCCAUCCGAGAAGUCCUCCAAGAUCUGUGUCAGAACAUCGGUGUCAACAUCGCUGCCGUUGACCUUUUCCUGGUGGGAGGAGAGAAGCCUUUAGUGUUGGACCAAGACUGCAUGACUCUUAACUCCCGGAACCUUCGACUGGAAAAGCGGACUUUAUUUAGGUUGGACCUGGUCCCCAUUAACCGCUCCGUGGGGCUGAAAGCCAAACCUACCAAGCCCGUCACCGAGGUCCUGCGACCUGUUGUGGCCAAAUACGGCCUCCACCUCAGUGAUCUUGUGGCCAAAGUAAUCGGAGAAACCGAGCCGUUGGAUUUGGGCGCCCCCAUAUCGAGUCUGGACGGCUUACGGGUGGUGUUGGAGCGAGCGGAUCCGUGCUCAGGGAAAGAGAAACUCAAGUCUUCCUCUCUAAGAGGCCACCCUCCACCAAGGAGUUUUUCUGCCGCCGGAGAUGACAGGUCAACACCAAAGGACUUUGCUCUGAGAGCGAGUGGACCCGACUCAGCACUGCCAGGGAAAAACAGAAAGAUUAAUAUAGAUGAAGCCGAAGAAUUCUUUGAGCUGCUGAGCCGGGCCCAGAGCAGCCGAGCGAACGACCAGCGCGGACUCCUGAGCAAGGAAGACCUGGUGCUCCCCGACUUCCUGCGCGUCACCCCACCCACCUCCUCCUGCUCGGCCUCCUCCGACCUGGCCAGCUCCACCCCCUCCUCGCUGAGGCAGGGCCGAGAGAACGGGCCCCCCCCGCGGGGGUCCCUCACCUCCGGCAUGCGCUCGGAGAGCCUGGACUCCUCCCUCAGCUCCAGCGCCAACGGACACUCCGCGGCCAGGCGCUGCCUGCUCCCUCCUCCUCGCCACCCGACGUUCGGCACCCACCUCUCCCCCAUCCCGCGGCCCCCGGAGCCUCGCUCCAACCUGCGCACGGUGGAGGAGACCCCCGCCGACCUGACGCUGGUGGGCGAGGGUGACAUCAGCAGCCCCAACAGCACGCUGCUCCCGCCUUUACCCACCCCAAUGUCCUCCUUCGACAGCAGCGUCCCCGAGGCCGACUUCACCCCGCCGCCCCCCUGCUCCCACCCUGAAGGCACAGGCGGAGGCAAACAGUCCACUCCAGCGCCCCAGGAGGUGGUAAACGUGGAGGGGGUACACCUGGAGGAAGGUGCAUCGGAGGCUUCCCAGGGAGAGGACUCGGAGCUGAGCCUCAGCUUCCAAGGCUACGUCGCCGAGCUGCGGCAAUGUCAGACCAAAAUGAGGAACGUCCAGAUGGCUCAGAGCACCCGCACCUCGCAAGAGGUCAGCGACUGCCAGAAGGACCUGUACAAGGCCACCAUUGUCUAGCGUUAACUCCCCCGCCUUCUCCCCAUCUCCAGUCCACUACAGCACUUUGAAAUCCAGAGCCACUGUCGUCUGAAACGAGUCCAAAAAGCGGCUGCAUGCUUGAGCUGUCAGUUCUUUACUAACCAUAGACGUUUGUUUUUGUCGCAUUGUGGUUUUUUAGUUUUAGAGCUGAUUGUACUUUUGGGACAGUGGCAUGUUUUUGUUUCUUGGUUCUAUUUAUGAUCGAAUUGAAGUUUUUUUUGUUUUGUUGCCAUUUUCAACUAGUCUUUUUAAAGCCAUACAUUAGAAGCGACUUACAAGUUACGAUUUCCCAACCCGAUAGCGUCAAGGUUUUCCCAUUAAAAGAGGAAAAAACAUUUCGAUAAACUUAUUUUCAACUCUUAAAAAAAAGGAAGAGAUUUGAUUUUAUAGCCUCAACAAAAGAAAGGGGGAAAGUUGACUUAUUUGAACUAUAGUAGCUUUGUGAUGAUCGGAUUCUUGGAAAAAUCCGAAAGAUUCUUGAAAAAGAUCUGGGAAAUGAGAUGAGAGAAAAACAAGUUAACAACAUUUAAAUACAAAUGUCAAUGUUUUCUCUUGCCGUCUGCCGACAAACCAUCAGCUCAAAGCUCGGAACGGAGGGCGCCAAAACGUUGAACAAAGUCCUUUUUAAAAGUCGUCGUCCUUUGAACAGCAGAGCACAUUUUAGGAUCAAAUAGUGGAAAAACGCUAUUAUUUCAGUGGUUUUACUGUUUUUGUUGUUUUCUAUAUAAUAAUACACGACAGUGACUUUAUUGUCUGUAUUUCCCGCUUGUGUGGUUUCCAGGUUGUUAAAUACUUUUUUUUUAAUGGUUGCAAUUAAAGGAAAUAAAAUGUAAAUAUUUGA